AUGGCCAUUGAUGAGGAGGAGCUCUUCGAGGACGCCGGCGAUCUCGAUUUCUACGACAAAUCGGUCCCCGGCAACACGUUCGAGACGCUGUAUCUUGCGCGCGUCCCCAAGUACAUGUGGGACGCUUGGAUGAAGCUGACGGAGAAGCUGGGCGACGACGACGAGAUCCAGAUCGGCACGCUGCGGACGUGGAACGAGCCGCAGGGCGACACGCUGCCGGACGGGAGCCCUCGCGAGCUUACGAAGCUGCGCAUGCUCCUCACUCCGGGCCUUCCCGAGCAUCAGCUCUUGCCCAAGGAGUACGACCUGGAGAUUCUCGACCAGGAUGUGAACAAUGCCUUCAUCUUCAGCGAGGAAGACUUGCCGGGUUUCAAGACGAAGAACAAGGCGCGAGCCGAGGCGGCCAGUGCUGGAAUCCCUCUCGCCCUCUUGCGCCAACGAGGGAACAAUGGCAAUACGGAGAGACCGACAUACGAUCGAAGGAGCCGAUAUCAGCCCUACUACCGCAAGGCUAUCCCGAAGAAGACAAAGAUUUUCGGCAAGAUUAGAUAUGAUCUACGAGUCGAACCACGAAACCUUCGAGAGGAAGAGGAGCUCCUGGCGAAGCGCAUCUUUGAAGCGGAAAACUCCAAGUCGAAGCUUCAGAUCAUCAGCAGGAACAAGGCGUCCUCCAUUAUCAAUCCUGGAUCUGCGGGCUCCGUCAACUGGGGAGGCAACUUUAUCAAAAACGCCCCCUCCGUCCUCAAACCCAAGAAGACCGAAGUCCUCAAAGCGGCCCGUAUUCCGAAGAACCAGCUUCUCGAUCUCAUUUUCGAUUGCUUCCGUCAGUAUCAGUAUUGGUCUAUGAAGGCCUUGCGGCAGAGGACCCAGCAGCCGGAUUCCUACCUUCGCCAGGUCCUGGAAGAAGUUGCCGUUCUCAACAAGAGCGGCCCAUUUGCCAACCAUUACUGUCUGAGUGAGGCAUAUAGAGACAAGGGCGGUAACGACGCCAAGGAGGCGGCGGCCGAGGCCAUGGAUGAGGAUGGGGAUGACGAUGAAGGAGAGGAGAUGGAAGACGUGCUGGUCAUGCAGUGA